AUGGCGGCGGCCGGGCCGGAGCUCGAGGAGGAGGUGGCGGCGGCGGCAGCGGCGGCGGCAGCAGGGGAGCCCGAGGAGCCCGGGCUAGUCCCCGAGGCAGCCCCAGAGCCCCUGCCGCCCGGGGCCUCCACCGCUGCCGAGGAGCCCGCGCAGCCCCCGGAGCCCCCCGAGCCCCUCGGCGCCGCCGAGGUGGGGCGGAGGCUGCAGAGGACGCGGCGGGAGCUGAGCAACCGCAGGAAAGUGCUGCUGCGGAACCUGCCGCCAGACACGCACAGCCAGGAAGUUCACGAUUUGCUGAAAGACUAUGAACUGAAGUAUUGUUAUGUGGACAGAAACAAAAGAACAGCCUUUGUUACCUUAUUGGAUGGGGAACAAGCCCAAAAUGCCAUCCAGACAUUUCACCAGUAUUCUCUUCGUGGGAAAGAGAUAACUGUCCAGCUCCAGCCCACGGAUGCUUUGCUCUGCAUCACCAACCUGCCGCCCUCUUUUACGAUAGAAGAGUUCGAGGAACUGGUCCGGACAUUCGGCAAUAUCGAGAGGUGCUUUUUGGUCUACAAUGAAACCAGCGGCCAUUCGAAGGGCUAUGGAUUUGUGGAGUACAUGAAAAAAGACUCUGCUGCUAAGGCUAGGUCGGAACUGUUGGGUAAACAGUUAGGAAGCUUCGUUCUCUUUGCACAGUGGAUGGAUGUGAAUCAGCUGGCCACCGAUCUCAUUCAUUCUAAGUGCCUAUGCAUCGAUAAACUCCCCAGGGACCUCACGGACUCCCAAGAGCUCUUGCAAAUUUUCUCCUUUAGUCAUAAGCCUGUGUUUGGUCAGUUGGCACAGGAUGAAGGGAGCUAUGCAGGCGGUUUUGCGGUAGUUGAAUACGACAGCCCAGAACAUGCCGAGGACGUCCAGCAGGCAGCUGAUGGGAUGACGAUCAAGGGAAACCGAGUCCAGGUGUCCUUCUGCGCCCCCGGAGCAUCUGGAAGAAGCACUCUGGCAGCCCUGAUCGCUGCCCAAAGAAUGAUGCGCAAUAAUCGAAAGGGUUUACUUCCAGAGCCAAAUCCAAUCCAGAUUAUGAAGAGUUUAAACAACCCCGCCAUGUUGCAGAUUUUGCUGCAACCACAGUUACAAGGACCUGCUGGUAAGUGAGUUCUUGGAGCCCCUCACAGUUUGCCUCAUCUGGUGAACCCUUCCAUUACCCCCGCGUUUUUGCAGUUGAACAAAAUACACCAGCAGAACUCGGUUCUGAGCGAUGCCUCUCGUUUGUUGCUUCAGAAUCUCUCUUACCUGCACCUGGCCCAGCAGCAGCUGAUGAAGAUAGAGAACAUGCAGGCAAACAGCAAACCCGGACUCCUGGGGGACCCCCCUGCUAUGGUUCUUCCGACGGCCCUCGGAGCAGGGGCGGCGCCACCGCUGAAGUCGGAGCUGGGACUCCGCGGAGAGGAACAUAAAAGUAAAUGGCGUCUCUUUCCCGCCUUAGGCGCUUGGAGGUCUCCAGACAAGUCGGGGGCGACAUCUGAAGAUCAGAACGAGGCCCUGAGCCACACUAGGGGCGGCUUCAUGGGCAGAACAUGCCGACCGGCCAUUUCCCUGAAGGACCGGAUGGAGAGCCGGGACCGUCUCGCAGGAGAACAGGACGGCAUUUCCAGGCAGAGGGAAUGGGAGCGUGAUGUUGCGGAGCACUCCUUGGCGGCUGUGCCGGACACGGAGCGGCCCAUUGAGCGUGGCCGGGGGGCUUCCUCCCUCCGUGCCUCAGACGCCUCCUCCACCGUCUCUAAGAAUCAGACUUCCCUCUUGGGGGAACCACCGAAAGAAAUCCGGCUUAGCACCAACCCGUACUUGAACUUGGCCAGCGUGUUGCCGGGGGUCUGUUUGCCAGCCCCCGUUGCAAGUAAAACCAUGAGCGCUCUACCCCCGCCUGGAAUCACGAGCAACAUACUGGAUGCCAUCUCUCAGGGAACCUCAUCACAACAUGCGCUGGAAAAUUACAUUAAUUAUUCUCAGCAGUUUGGUGAUUAUUCACAGGUGUCAUCCCCUUUACGAAAUGAAAAGCGAGGCUCCACAUACCUCAUUUCUGCCCCUGAAGGGAGCUCGGGGGAAUUGGUUGACCAACAUUCUCAGGGCACAGGAGGGUAUUAUGCAGAAUCCUGCUUAAAGAAGAAACGCGUCUACUGAGGUUCCCUCCGUUGGUCGGUCUUCCCUUCUGCUCCACGUAGCUCAUUUCCAGGACCUCUGCUGUUCAUCGCUGCCUUAAAGUCGGCCAGACUAGCCAUCUCCCUGUAAAACGGAUCACCGUUCCCAGGAGGAACAGUGAGUGCUUCACAGACGGCAGAUUUGCCAAAUGAAAAAUAAGAAGCAAUAAUUUUCAAAAAGAAGACAUCCACUGAGACCCAUUUCCCGCUAGUAUUAGAUGCGUCCUAAAUAACGUGUUACAUUUAUCAUAGGUUGCUGAGCUUAACAACGUUCCUUGCUUUCUGACUGCGAAAACCGAUUUUCCCGUUAUCGUUUUGAUCUGAUAUCUAAUUGUCUAAAGCAAUAAAGAGGAAACUCUUGUUUCCUGAGCCUUAGAAGGGUGGAUCUAAUGACAGGUCGAUUUUUUUUUCCUUUUCUUUCCCCCUUGAAGCCAAUGUGCUUUCCAACUUAUUUUUGCUAGUUAGUUACCUUUGUAGGUGUGAGAUAUCACAACGUAGCAGGAAAAGCUCUGGAUCUGGAGUCCAAAGACCUGAGUUCAAGUCUCAGCUACUUAACUGUUACUUACCAUUUGGUUGACCUUUGGCACACAUAACUCUCUCCAAGCCCUAGUUUCCUCAUCUAUAAAAAGAACUCCCUGACCUUUAAGGUCUCUGAGCUCCAAGUGUAUGAUCCUCUGAGUUUUGCCCAGAGUCAUAAGAAUGCAUGCUCCACGCAGCAGCCACGACCUUGUCGCAAGAAAGCCUUCUGUGCAAAAUGAAAUGUCUGGCAUCCAAUCAUCUCUGCAGUCCAAAGUCCAUGUGGAGACGUA